CUUCUCAUAUAACUUUGAAGCCAUCAGCCAAAUCUCUGAAAACAGACCCACUGCUUCAAUCAAUAGUACUCCUAUCAUAUGCCAUGAUGCUUCCAUUGGCCAGAUGUGCACUAAACCAUCUCAAGAUUCAAAGCAUUCCGAAAGUUGUGGGAAGACAGAAACACUCAAAGCCCUCAUCAAAUUUUCAUGACACAUAUGGCAAUAUGAUGCUGUGCAGUGGGGCCGCUUUCUGUCUAGGUGCAUAUAUAAUUUUUAUGACCCAGAUGGGGGUGGAGUGGAACCUGUCUCCUGUGGGCAGAGUCACCCCCAAAGAGUGGAAUGAGUAACUUUCUCAAAACAUUAACAGAAUUGUCUCAAACCUAACUUGUCACGGACAUGUUCUUCUGUUCAGUGAAAUCAGCAUAGUAAAAGAAAUAAAAUUGAUUCAGAAGUGCUAACAA